AUGAUGCAGACUGCCUUACAACAGCCCGUGGGGAUGACGCUUUUGGCGGAUGCUGCCACGUCCCUCACGGCUCUCAAAGGUUCAACGUCAAUUGCGGUUUCUGCUUCCCCAACUCCAACUGCACCUCCGGAGUCCGCCCGGACCGUGGUCACUCUGUUUACCCCCGGACAGGAGGGCAUAGUGCAGGUUAUUGCGGAAAUUUUGGGCAAGCCAUGGACGACGGAAACCUCCUUAUCCGCCCUGGGGAGGGGCAGCAGCGCAGUGGUUGUCGGCGUCCUAGCUACCAAAAAUCUAGCCCGAGACUUGCAAGAGGGCGAUUACACGGCCUGGAUCCUCGUCAACACGCAUUGUGUCGACGACGGCUCUUUCCCGGAGGAAGCACUGAGCGACUGUUGUCAUUAUGAGUUCCUAUACUCCCUCCGGAGCCCGUUCUUUCGGCGGGAUCUGACUCGGUUUCUCUCGUUGAUCCUGGGCCAGACUCGUCCCCAUGAGGAUCUCAAGACCAAAAGCCGGACGAAUUUCAUCUCCACAACUUUCCCUGAUGUCCAUGCUGCGUUGCCAAACCUGGACAUUCUCUCGGUUGGUUCAGAUGCGGUGGAGAUUCGUGUUGACUUGCUGGUGGACCCUGCAACUCCUCCCUCAGGCACUACGAGCGCAGUGCCGAGUUUACGGUAUGUGGGACAGCAGUUAAUGUUACUGCGGCAGCAUACAGAACUGCCCAUCAUUUUCACCACUCGCUGUACGAAAGAAAAUGGCAAGUUCCCAAUGGACGAUCCGCAGCUAUUCUACCGUUAUCUCCGCCGUGCCAUCCAAUGGGGGGUAGAAUACAUUGACGUGGAGUUGUGGUUGCCGGAGUCUAUCCGCCAACGGUUGGCGGCGGAGAAGGGCAACAGCAUCAUCAUGUCAGCCUUCCAUGAUUUCUCGGGGACGUGGAAGUGGACCUCCCCCGAAGCCCCACGGAUUUUCGCGCAAAGCGCCCAGUACGCGGAUAUCGUCAAGAUGAUUGCGAUGGUCACGACGAUUGAGGCCAAUUACGAGCUUGAGUAUUUCAGGUCGGAAAUUCGCAAGACUCACGGGGCGUAUCCCCUGUUAUCGGCGGUCAAUAUGGGCCAAUUAGGCCAGCUGUCGCGAGCCCUAAAUACAGUAUUCUCGCCCAUCACGCACCCAUUGCUGCCGAUGAUUGCGGCCCCGGGCCAGUUGACCGCGGCGGAGAUCAAUGAGGCGCUCCACAUUAUGGGCCAGCUGCCGAAGCGCGAUCUGUAUGCGAUUGGGUCGUUUCGCUCGACGCCACAGUCCAUGUUCAUGGAGAAGUGUUUCAACGAGCUGAGUCUUCCCCACUCUUUGACCUCAAUCGAUCGCGGACCAAUGGGAUCAGUCGAGCGGGUGCUCACUCAGGCCACCUUCGGCGGAGCGUCGGUGCAUCCACCGAUCCCGAGCGGUACCGGGUGCAUUCCGGCCGUGAGCGAGGCAGCGCGAGCGAUCGGGCUGGUAGACACGAUUGUGGCUAGCCCUCAAGGUCCGCAGAAGACCUUGGUGGGAGAGAACGCGACAUGGAAGGGGAUUCGAGCAACUCUGACUCGGGACUACGUGCCGUCGGCAUACCGCGGCCGGACGGCAAUCCUAUUGGCGGCCAGCGAGAGUGAGGCAUCGGCAGCCAUCUAUGCCCUGCGCAGUUUAGGAGUGGGUGCGAUCCACACGGUGGGCUUCCGAGCCCGAGGUCCCUUGGCAGCGGGGCUUGAGCCCUUCACCUCCAUUCAAUCGGUCAAACGGGUUGAACAACCGUUUGUGAUGGUAUCCGCGCUACCCCCGGAGAAGUCGUUGCUAGUCCAGCCGCUGCUGCGACAUUACCGGACCAGUGGGCACUCGUCACCACCGUCUACUCGAGGCAAAGUCUAUCUCGACCUGACCCGGGGGGAGCGCACGGGCGACCCUGUAAAUGUAGCUGUGCGUGCAGGAUGGACGGCCUAUGGAAUUGAAGACGUGGAUGCGUGGACGACGGUGGAGACGCUGCGCUUGCUGGUGGGCCAGAAUGUGCCAUUUGACUUUGUGCGGAUGGCUUCAGGACGGGUGUUCUGA